CCAAUCGGAUUUAGCCGAACUUAUUUUAAGUUUUGAAAACGAGACAGCCGGGUAGAGAUAAAUAGCGCAUAGUUUUGAAACAUCGUAUUUCAACAAAGGAAUCUGCUAUCGGCACUGGUGAAAUAUAAACAAAGGAUCUUCUUAAUAUCAGUUGGAUAAAGUUUGCCAUUUCAUUCAAUAACCGGUUUUUAUCAUUGGCUACCUUCGUCUUGAUUUGUUCGGGUGUGAUUUGAUUUUAACUGAAGAAACUUAAUUAGAUUGGUAAACCUUUGAAUGCUGACUCUUCUAAGGUUAGUGUCAAAUUUCUGAAACUUUCAUUGGCAAGGUUCGGAAAUUCGUUCGUUGAUUGACAAGUCAAAGUAAAUUAGUAAAGGCAUAUAGCGCGUUCGUCCGGAGAAGUUAACAGACAUUCUGCGCGUAACUUAUAUUCUCAUGGUGUUUGUCCAACUUUAAUUGACAGAAUUUAAUAAAUUAAACUUUGACAUUCUACGUAAAUUUAAUUCUGUCACCGUGUUUGUCAAACCUGGACGCCGAAAAGUAGUUAAACAGUUUCAACUUUGACAUUCUACGCGAAAGGAAGAUCACCAUUAUUGUGCAAGUUAAAAGUUGAACGGACGAAGUCAAUGAAGUUAACACUUUCACGUCGAGUUUCUACGUAUAAUGGAGCUUUGAUGACGUCAGAAAUGUUUGUAGAACAUGAAUUAAUAGAAGUUGAUAUAUUCCCGUAAGACAGACACUCGCAGUGAAUGAAACUAGCCGAUCACGUGUGUAGAAGUGUUUGUUGUGUAAUUUAGGUAUAAUCACCGACAGCUGAUACGGCCAUCUUUUAUCACGGAAACAGACAGUGUGUCAAUCAAGUGCAAUGUCAGCGUUAUUUAAAUAUCAGUUUGUCUUUUGGGUUGUUCUGGCAGUCAUUGAUGUCACAUCCUGUUCACCGCCACAGGCCGAUAAAAAAUGUCGACCUGGCGCAAAUAAUCCAAGAUGUCGGUUCAACAUGGAUGAUUUUACUAAACACUUAUACAAGCUGAAAAUAAAACAUCAGAUCCUUGCUAAACUGGGUUUGUCAGAAAUACCUACUCCUCGACCUGCCAGAAAGGAGGAGAGAACCUUAGAUACAAAGAAACGUGAAAAUGUCACGAUCUCCCCGACACCUAUUAAAUUCAACGUAACAAAGUUAUUAGUAUUGUCCACGGCAUCAGAGAACUAUACCAACAAAAAUAUUAUCAAGUUCCAGCCUCAAUUUGUGUUCAGUGAUGAGUCGUCUGAAGAGGCAGGAAAAAUGAAGAUUAAAAGUGCCAACCUCUUGAUCAAGGUGAAAAGGAAACGAAAGUCAAAGUCCUUUCGUACCAACAAAAAGCCUCUCACAGACUCCAUGGGCGAUGGUACGACUCCAAAAACCAAGAAAAGGCGCAGACGUCGAGAAAAGCCUAUUUCUUUAACCGUGUCUACGGUGGAUGAGUCCGGAAAACCCGACAAGAAGGUUGCUAUGGUAAAGACGCGGGUUACUAAAAGCAAAUGGUUCAAUGUAACGCUACCUAGUUCCUUGAUUCAGACGAUGAUAGACCAAUCCCAGUCCUCGUUGCUAUUACAUAUCAAAUGCAGACGAUGUCGUAAAAACGCCGAAAUAAUCUUAGUUCACGGAUCGCGACGUCGUCGUCGCCAUUUAAAAAAACACCGUAAAGGGAAAUCUUUAAGAAAAUCUAAACUAAAUAAAAGUCGACCCUUUAUAGUUCUUGUGGCAUUUAGAGAAUCUGCAGCAAGUCGUGUGAAACGAACUGCACAACGUUCUAGAGAAUCGCAAACCCCUUUAUGUUCAGGUUCAUCCGCCAAAGGGAAGUGCUGCCGCGAGCCUAUUUAUUUUAACUUUACGGAUGUAGGGUGGGGAGAUUUCAUACUUGCACCUGAAGGUUUUGAGACGGCAGAAUGUAGAGGGGACUGUUACAGUGGUGGAAGUGAAAAUACAAGGUCCAUGAUAACAGGAGACACGAAGAAAAAAUGUCUACCCUACCAGUCACUCCCUUUGUCCGUUUUAUAUGACACAGGGGUGGGGAGUCCUUUUGUUAAAACUUUAGCGGACAUGGUUGUAACAAAUUGUGAAUGUGCUCGCAGUUGAUGAUAGAGAUUACACCUAUAUCGAUAAUCUCCGUCAAGUUUUUUCUUUGCGUCACCGUCAUUAUACGGUAACAUUUAAUUUGGUCUACAACAAAACGUCAUGUCGUUUCUUGACCAUGCGAAUGUCGUAUAGCCACAUUCCAAGUAUGACUACGGUGAAAAGUACAGUCCCGAUUGACACUUGAAAAGAAUUAUUAUAAUCAGUAGACGGAAAGUAAAAGUGAUCUCGAACUUAAUUAAUAACAACAGUACAAUCCCGCUAUGUCGAAAUGGAAAUGUCCAUGACAUUGUAUUCGAGAUAAACAAAGUUCGUAUUUACGGAAAUAAAUUAUGUGUGCUUGUUAUCGCUUGGCUGCUGGAGCUAUUGAUGAACAUUUUUGUAAUUUUUUUUUCUCUUUAAUACCAUCAAGCUAUUAAUAUUUUCAAACAUUAGUUAUGAUUCUAAACGUCGUUAAUAGAUUUUGCUGUUUCCUGGACCCGGCACACAAGGAGGGGAUACAUAUAUACAACAACAUCAAAGUUCAGCUGUCAGUCUUGAUAAAUCCAAGGAGCAAUGUCUACCCCAUGGAGAACGACUGUCUAGACCCCGAACGCACAUGGAUUUCUGCAACCUUCUUUUAGCGUGUAUAGACAUUCUGUUUUAAAGUUUGUGGCACACUUAAAUUGAAUGGUGAUCUUGAAAACAGAAAUGAAGUGCGGUUAUAACUAAAGCGUUUGUGUUAUGUGUGCUUGGAAUUAUGUCGACAGUCGAAACCUAAACUGAUAAUUAAACAUCAACUAAAGUUAAAGAGACUAGAUCGCUUUGAUUUAGUAAAAAUAAAGUAUUAAAAUGGAUUGACUGUUUCGAUUAAACGAAAGCUGAAAAGUUUGUAUUGAAAGACUAAGCGGCGUGUUUACCAAGUUGGGCUUACUGUAUCUCGCAACACUAGCUAUGUCUGUGGACGUACAAUUUUUAAUGAAGAGAGAUUAGCAUACCACAAAACAAACGGACAUACAAAUUCAGUGUUAUGUUCGACCCAAAUCAAAUAGGUGCGAAGAAACUCUGUAUUUUGUAUGGUUUUUUUUUGUGAUAUUAGAUGUGAUAUAUUAUUCCAUCUAAGGAUAAGUCUUGUUAAGUUUAUUGUUAUGGACCGUUAAGAGUGGCCAGGCCAGUUAGCGUUUGAAUAUCGUCAUAUGAGAAUAAUGGUACACACCUAUAUAUGAUUUAAACAAAUAAAAACGUCGCAAGUCAAAGUAUGUAUGAAAAAUGAGUCCGACAACAUCGUUGUGACAUGAUGGAUGUUUUUGUCUCUAACGCAAGCCACUUACGUCCUGUGAACAUAAAACCGUAGGGAUAUCCCUCGAAUGUUGUAACACAAAGUAAGUAAUCUUCUUUGACAGUGUGAGGAUCUCGAAUUUAUUAGGCUAUGAUACCAAUAUAAAAUGUUCUAGUCUAAUGUUAAUUAUAUGCUAGUCUAUUGUUGUGGGCUUUAUUUUUAAAAAUGUAUCCUAGUCGCGACUAUCCAGAGCUUUCUUUGUGUCCUUAAUGGAAUUGUCGCCAAAUGUGAAUUCUGUUUUGGUAGACGGAGAAAUGUAAAUCCAUGGGAUGUUUUAAACGUGAUUUUAUUUAUAGUAAUGGCUAAUGCUGUAAUACAGACUUUGUUGUUAAAUGUUUUAAUUGUAACGCGCCUGCAUAACGGACAUUACGUCAUUUAUGUAUAUUUGCUUUAGACGAGAUAUAGAAUGGUAUUAUAGUGAUCCCAGUCAGGUUUAUCUCGCGCCACAUCUAUACGUGAACACCUAGUCCUUAUAUAGAGUAAUUUGUAUAAGCCCAUAUGGAAAUGUGGUCGUAUAUUGCCAUCGCCUUUGUCCGUCCGUCUGUCCGUCGUCCACACUAUACAGGCUACAUUUAUUAUCUGAUCGUUUUAAAAUUUAUAUAUGUUACAUUAAUGAGACGAAGAAUGCCAUUUAAUUUGAAAAAUUUCCGUUAAUUAUUUCUAGAGUUAUGGUCCUAGUUGUAGAAGCUCGUGAACGCUCCAUCGACUAAAGUUACCAUCCUAUCUAUAUUAAAUGUGCGUGCAUUAUUUAAAUUAGUAAAACGAAGAGGCAUAACUAAUGUCAGCAAUUUGAUAUCAUAACUACUAGAGUUAUGGUCCUUGUUUCACUUUGUUAAACCCCAUGAAUGCUCUAACGACAAAAAGUUAUCAUUCGAUUUGUAUGAAUCUGAUAUCAGUGUCGUUUAAAUGCUCCCAUUACCUAGAUUAGUAAAACGUAGAAUCCCAUUGAAUUUCUGUUCAUACUUCUCGAUUUAUGAUCCUUGUUUCACUUUGUUCAUCCCCUUUGUUCAGCAAUAUCAUUUCAUUACUUCUAGAGAUAUGAGCUUGUUUCACAUUGUCAACGCCUUGUGAACGCUCUAAAGGCAAAACUUGUCAUCCAAUUUGUAUUAGAUUUAUAUGCAUUAUGUAGAUUAGUAAAACGAUCUGUAUAAAAUUGAUAUCAGUAUCGUGUAGAUGCUCAAAUUACCUACAAAAGAAUAUGCGACAACCCUUGUCGAUUGCUGGAACGAUUUAGCUGCUGUGGGUGUAUGUUUCGAUGCGUGGCAACCUAUCUUUAUUUUCUGUAGCCGAGACCACGGAUACAUUAUCAUUUGUUUAGGUGAGCGUCAAAGUGGAAUCAUUUCUAUAAUUUAUAUUUUAAAUCGGUACAUCAUGCGCAUGGCGUAUGUCCAUGGAUUUGAGUAAGCUUUUUAAAAAUGUCGAAUGUGUAGGUUUUUAAAACGGUUUGUCUCGUAUAAUUAUAUAAUAUUCAACUAAUUUAUAUACGGGGUUUUCCGUUAUUUUAGCGGGUUAUUAAGUCGGGUAAGUUGGUUUCGAUGGCUGGCUGAAGUUGAAGGGCGGUCUAUCCGAUGUGACUAAAAAAAAGAAAAAAAAAAAGUCAAUUAAAGUAUUCAUAUCUUUUAUAUACAGUAAAUUGUGUGCGCUUUUAAUAUUAUUUUACGACAUAAUCUGUGCCAUGCCUUUACUGAAUCUAGGUGCGUUGGGUUUGGGGCGUUAAUGAAGUUUGUAGUAUCAGAGUCUGAUAAUCAGAUGAUUUAUAUUCUGUUAGUAGGUCCAUGUCAUUUGUUGAAAUGAAAACCUUCAUUGUGAUACCAAAAGUAGGGGUUUCGGGUUGGUUAUAAUACCGAAUGUAAACAAAAAAUAAUAAAUCUCAUAAACAUGGAUAUAUUAAUGUAUAUUAAAUGUAUGUCAGUCAUGAACAGUAUUUACUGGCACGAUGCAUGUUUGUCCAAAUAAAUAGAUUUUAAAAGACAGCAUAUCAAAGGUGUUAAUUUACUGCUGAGUUAUAUUUUUGAAAUCGUGGCAGUUAUAACAUAUUUUUACAAUAAAAGAUUAUUGUAAAUUUCACAAAUUCAAAAUAUGUAUGAUUAUAGCUAUGAAAAAGCCUGUAUUAACAAUACCUUUUAACGAACAGUUGUCAUCAUGCAAUAACCUACCUACCCGAUAGUUAUGGAAACACAUUCUGCACACAGAGAUCCAUCUACUUCAUACUUCGAGAAUAGAUCUCUGUUCUAAAUGGCCCCCAUCUAACAAUUAGUAUACUGUAUUAUAAUGCGGUCCUGCUCCGGUUCACAUCUGUUAUACCCAAAAAGACUAAUUAAACCUUUCCAAUUUUAUUAAAUGAAAGCUAACUGUGGACAGGCAGCCUAAGUUUAGUAUAAGCGAAACACUGUCUUAAACACAAGUGCGGGCUAACUUUAUUUCUCGAUGGUGAUUGGUCGACAAUGGUUUCGAACCACUCAUUGGCUUGUAACAAUAUUAUAUAACGUAGGCGAACGCAUAUGACAACUGAUCCGGGCGUAGUUAUUUAUUGUAUACUUAAACAGUUUUAAAAUAUUUUUUACUGGUUUAGAAAGUGGGAAAUAUUUAUUAGAUUUGAAUGAUAUACACCACUCUUAGCAAACCUAUGUGUCAUUUUCUUUCCAUUUAUUUUCGGUUGGUGUCCAAGAAAAGCGAAUCCUUGGCCAAUGGUGACAACCAAACAAACGUAUUUACAAUCAAAAAUCCAUCAAAAGUUUACACGUAAUUCUCCGUAUCACGGGUUUUGAUGUGUACAUGACCACUUAGGAUAAGCGCAUAAAUGAACUCGCUCUAUUUUGAAAUAAAUUGUCUUCAGACGAAAAAUAAAGUAGAAUAAAGAGCAAGAAAGUAAUACGGAACGGAAUAUUGAUAUAAUUUCUUUUUUAAGUAACUCGCACUAUUGGUUAAAUUUAUGAAUUGUUAAUAUGAUUGUUAUCGUAAGUAGAAGUGGUACUUUUCAAACUACUUCCGGUGGAUACCUAUAAACACAAUCUUAUAGUAAUUAUCAGUUAAGAGAGUAUUGUCAUUAGUUGAAAAGUGAUGUUAUAUAGGCUUAUUGUGAUAUUAUGAUAUUGAAUAUAAGAAACGUUAUAUUUUCUCUUGUACUGUAAACAAAAGUUAAAUCCGAGGACGGAAAUGUAUUGAAUUGUUAAUGAUUUGCAAAUUAUAAGUUGAAUUGAUUAUCCCAGUGAAAAUUGUUUUAUUGUUUGUUAUUCGUCGCUACUAAAAUAUUCGUAUAUAAAUAUAUAUUUAAAUGUU